CCCUGCUUUCUCUUUCUCUUUCUCUCCUCCCCAUCCUCUCUCCUGGCCUCUCUCUCAUCUCAUUGCUGUCUUCUCUCCUUCAACUGCCGGAUGUGAUUCUCCACCACCUCCGACUCCGAGCUUGCCAGAGGAGAGGACUCAUCCACCUCUUUCUUCCUCGCCUGCUUCCUUUUCUUUCCAAACACAAAUCCGCAGCAAAGAAAGUGCAAAUUAUAAAGAAAACAUCAGAAUUCAAAGCAGCCGGAAAGCAAGCUGCUAGAAGAGCGAAAAGAGAGAGAAAUAUAUCUCAGCAGCACUAACUGGUGGCCUCCAUGGUGUUCCCUUCAGUACCGGCCUACCUAGAUCCACCAAAUUGGAAUAACCAGCAGCAAGGCCAGCAGCCGAGAGCGAGCGGGGGAGGCGAUGCACCGCUGCUGCCCGUGGUUCCGGCUGCUGCCACGGCGGCGGCUCCCGAUGUCAGCGGCUUGCCGAGCAGCUCAUCCGGGGCCAGUGCCGCCAUGGCCGCGCACGCGCGGCCCAACUCGAUGGCGGAGCGCGCAAGGCUGGCGCGGAUGCCGCAGCCGGAGCCGGCGCUCAAGUGCCCGCGCUGCGACUCCACCAACACCAAGUUCUGCUACUACAACAACUACUCGCUCUCCCAGCCCCGCCACUUCUGCAAGGCGUGCCGUCGCUACUGGACGCGCGGCGGCACCCUCCGCAACGUCCCCGUUGGCGGAGGCUGCCGCCGCAACAAGCGCUCGUCCAAGUCCUCCGCCACCGGCGGCGGGUCUUCCUCCUCGUCGAAGCCGUCCUCAUCGGCCAGGCAGCUCGCUGGUCCGUCAUCCACGCCGUCCAACGCGACUGGCGCCACCGGCGCGAUCAUCCCACCGGGUCUCGGCUCCUUCUCGCACCACCUGCCGUUCCUGGGAUCGAUGCACCAGCCAGGGCCCAACCUAGGGCUAGCCUUCUCCUCCGGCCUGCCGCCGCUCGGCAUGCAGCACAUGGACACGGUGGAUCAGUUCCCGGUGGCAAGCGGCGGUGGUGCCACCAUAGGUGCAUCGCUGGAGCAGUGGAGAGUGCAGCAGCAGCCACAGCAGCAGUUCCCGUUCUUGACAGGAGGAAUACUGGACCUUCCGCCGGCGUCGAUGUACCAGCUGGGUUUGGAUGCUAACCGAGGAGGCGGCGGCUCAGCUGCAGCGGCGGCGUUUACGUUAGGGCAGACCAGUGCUGCAACGGCUAGACAGGAAGGAUCAAUGAAGGUGGAGAACAGUAAAGGACAAGACAUGAGCUUACAGAGGCAGUACAUGGCGGCUCUACGUCACGGAUCACAGGGUGUCUGGGAUGGAAAUGCUGGUAGCAGUGGUGGCGACGGUGGCGGCAAUGGCGGUUCUAGUUGGCCGAUGAACAUUCCUGGAUUCAAUUCUUCAUCGACCGGUGACGGCAAUGGCAGUGGAAUGUUGUAGUUCUCCUUCUCGGCCGAUGUCCUAAUCAUGAUGACAUUGUCCAGACGCAUGCUUAAGAUGGUCAACCCACCGGUCUGUUCAUCAGCUGCUAUUCUUCAUCAACGACUGUAGGCGCACAGCUAGCUCAUGAUGGUCACAGGUAGGAGUCUAAGUUAAAGUUGCUCUUUGUUUAACCCCUUUUCCGCCAUUUGGUUUUGAACUCAAAGGUGUGUGCCUGCAUUGUGUCCAUAGCGCUACUUUUCUACUUUUCACACUAUUGCUCACAGGGAUUAAUUAAUCAAACUUAUUGCAUGGGGGAUACUAUUUGAUAAGGUAUAUUUGACAUGGAGACACGGAUCAAAUUGUUUCAUUAUUACUUGUGUGAUGAAUUUUGCAUGAAAAUAAUUAUGGUUUGUUGCCAAUUUACUUCUUGCAGCAUAUAUAUUAUGUGUGUUUGCUUCUAUUCGUUGCUGUAUUAUCUGUGUAUGAUAAACAACAUUGCACAAUUACAGUUCAAGCACGUAUAUAUGCAAUUAAUAUAGGAGCUGUAAGAUCUUAAUCACAUGCCUGCGGUAUUAAUUAGAAGAGCACAGCAGCUCAUCAGUAAAUUAGAUUAGUCUUGCACUACUCUACUUUCUAAAACAAAUCUUUGUAUGAAUAUAUGACAUCAUAACAUCAUAGUCAAGUAAUUAUAUUGUUCUUUUCUUUUCGAUUGAUAAAUAGGGGAGUAUGUCAACGGCUCAAUGCAUAUUUUUCAAACUGUACAAGUAAAUUUUUACUACCUCAUGUACAUGACUUUGUCAGUGUGUAUAUAUAUGGCUGUGAUGCCGUCGUGAUAUUGAAAUGAAUACAAGUUUCAUGA